CAUGCCGACGCUCCCAACUAGGCUUGGCCGCGCGCCUCGCCUCCACGUCGCUCCUUCGCGAGUCCGGUCGGCGCCACUGGCGUGGAACGGAAAGCUUGCCGCCCGCCCCCGCGCUGCGCCCUUCCCGCUCUUUGUGCUACUGCGUUCUCGCCUCACCUUCGCCGUACUUCUAUGUCUGGCAGCGGUGGCAACCCCAAGCUUGUCCGUGCAACCACUUUCGCUCACCUUCUCGG